CUCACCGUGUUUUAAGGAUCAGCUUUACCCGCGAAUCUACUCAAAUCCCGAGAAGCGUUUCCCCGUGUCAGUUCCCAGUACAUCUGCGAUACAGUUUUCAGCGGGCACUGGUGCCAAGGCUCUGAGUGAGGGACAUGGAAGUGAGACUCACCAUUGCCACCCCAGUUACUAUCCUCGCGCCCUGCCUGCCGCACCUCUCACAGUCCUGUGGAAACUAUAUCAUAUAUCAGUGCAAAGCUUCUGAAACUUAAGUGCAUUAAUCACACUUCCAUCUUGAAGAUCUCAACACCACCUCGAGCUGAACAUAUAGUGAAGAUUUGUUACUAAAGUACCACCAAAAUUUAUUGAGGCGAGUGUGUGGUUAAGUGAGGAGCAACAACAGGAUGUCGCUUAGUGAGGUGGUGGAGGAUCAGAGUGUGUGGAAGCCAACGGAGGACCAUGACAGUCACUGCCGCUGCUACAAACGGGAGGGCCACGGCCACAUGGUGGACGGCAUAGAGUCCGUCUCCCUUCAGAAGUCUACCUACUACAGCCGCGUCAGUAAUGAUUACACCCAGAAGCGGAUAGCCAAAGGUGGGUUGAAGAUCCCCAAGAAGGGGUUCAGGACUCUGCGAGAUGAGUGUCUUAAGAGCAGUAAGUUAUACGAGGACCCUGAGUUCCCAGCCAAUGACUACUCUAUCAACUUCAAUGGCGUCACCCGCAGAACCUAUGUUUGGAAGAGACCUCACGAGAUUACAAAGAAUCCACGUUUCUUCAUUGACGGUGCAACACGGUUUGACAUUCAACAGGGAGAACUUGGUGACUGUUGGCUCUUGGCUGCAGUAUCUAAUCUGACCUUGAAUCCUCAAAUGUUCCAUGCGGUGGUACCAAGAGACCAAGGAUUCAUUGAUCUUUAUGCAGGCAUCUUUCAUUUCAAAUUCUGGCAGUAUGGGAAGUGGCAAGAGGUGGUGGUGGAUGACAGGCUGCCCACAUACAAUGGAAGGCUUGUAUUCAUGCACUCAAAGACUGAAAAUGAAUUUUGGUGUGCUCUUUUUGAGAAGGCAUAUGCUAAGUUAUAUGGAGGAUAUGAAUCACUGCGUGGCGGCAACAUUAAUGAGAGUAUGGUUGACCUGACAGGAGGUGUGGUGGAGAUGAUUGAUCUUCGUAAUCCACCACCCAAAUUAUUUUCCACCUUGUGGAAGGCUUACCGUAGAGGUGCUCUCAUAGGCACUGCUAUAGAGCCCGACCAGUCAAACAUACAGGCAGAGAGCAUCCUCAGUAAUGGCCUUAUAAUGCGUCAUGCUUACUCCAUCACCCGCGUUACUACAGUAGAUAUUAAGUCUGUUGUCUCCAGAUUGCAGGAAAAGACAAAUGUCACACCCUCAAACCAUCCUCACCUCCAGGGUGCCCUGGCAACCAUGAAUAACCAUUUUAUUGGUGUGCCUUCUGCUGUGGAUGUGAUCUCAUGCUCUGUGGAUGUGUCUAAUGAGAAGAAAAGUAUCAUAGACUCAACCACAUCUCACCUGCAGAGUGCCCUGACCAUCAUUAAUAAAACCCUCUUUGGUGCAUCUUCUGUUGAGGAGAGCUCGAGCCCUGUGGGCAUGUCUCCCCUUUACCAGACCCUAGCCUCCCUAACCAACUGGAAUUUAGGCUUGGCUUUCCCUGAGGGCAAGGCUCAACUAAUCCGUCUGCAUAAUCCUUGGGGCAAUGAAGCUGAAUGGAAAGGUUCGUGGAGUGACAAGUCUCCAGAGUGGAAUUCUAUCACUCCUGAGGAGAAGCAACGUCUUAAACUCAACUUUGAAGAUGAUGGGGAGUUUUGGAUGAGUUUCCAGGACUUUGCAUCAAAUUUCACCACAGUUGAAAUCUGUGAUGUCACCCCAGAAGUGUUUGAUCAUGAUGAUAGUGAUGAUGAAAAUGGUAACACAAAGAUGGAGGAGUCGGCACCAAAGAGGUGGCAGAUGGUGAUGUACGAGGGGGCCUGGGCUGCACACCAUAGUGCUGGUGGUUGCAGAAACUUUAUUAACACAUUUGCAAGCAACCCACAGUUUACAGUGCAGCUGGAGGAUCCUGAUGAUGAUGAUGAUGAUGAUGAUGAUGAUGAUGACGAUGAUGAUGAUGACAGAGGUCAAUGCACCAUAGUUGUCUCUCUUAUGCAGAAGAAUGUCAGACAACUCAAACGCUAUGGAGUUGACUAUGUCCCAAUUGGCUUCACCAUAUAUGCGUUGCCAGCAAACAUGCAGCCUGGACAAAAGCUGGACACAGAGUUCUUCAAGUACAAUCCUAGCUUGGCAAAAGUACCAUUUUUCCUCAAUACUCGUGAAUUAACUACUAGAUUCCGUUUCCCUCCUGGUGCUUAUGUCAUCAUCCCAUCCACUUUUGAACCUGAAAUGACUGGAGAGUUUCUCAUAAGAAUCUUUACUGAGGCUAAGAGAAGGUAAAUUGUAAUUAUUUUUAAGUGACAUAUUAAGUCUCAGGAUUUAGCAACAAACGCAUGACAAAAUACUACUGUACACUAUCAAAUAGAUUUGUGUUUUAUAGAAUUUUAUCUUAAUUAUUUACUGUACAAGUAAAAGCAAAUGAGACAGUGAAAAUAUUUGUAUACCGGUACCUUUAAAGUGAAUAACUUUUAUUCAAGAAGACAGUAAUUAGAAUGCUAAUGAUGGGCUGUGCAGUUUUGCAUGGUGUCUUACUGUUAACCAUAAAAUAUAGGAAGAACCUGUUAUGGUAUGAGAAAACAUUUACAGUUUCUUAUUAACUUUACCAGAUUGACUCAUAACCUAGUGAUUUAGGUUCACUGUUACAUACAGUACUGUAUAUUGUUGAUGUACUUGUUGAUUGUAUGUCUUGGUGUGAACUUCACCUUUGUUUUGUUUAUGCCUGAAGUUAUCAGUGAUACUGUACUGCCUUUUUACAGUUGAUUUUCUUCAUUUAGUGCCAAAUAUCCCAUUUGUCUUUCUUAUCACACCUCUAGAAAACAACUUUGUUACACAAGAUGAAUUUCCUCAUGUAAGGAAAAGUCAUUGAAACUGUUUGAUACAUAUUGAAUUAUUUCAGUAUUACUGCCUUAUGAAACAGUAUUUUCAAUAAUGUUUUAAUAGUGCUUAAGAAACUGUAGCAUGAUGUUGUUUUAUAAGUGUCACAUUAGUUUUGCAUAAGACAAAUUGUUACAAAAAAAUGUAUAUUUUAAAUAUGGUUGUAAAUAAAAGAUAAAAGCAA